UUAAUAAAAAUAUUAAAUUUUCAAAAGACAAUAAAAAACCCAAAAUUAUCUGUAACCAUUAAACCAAUUUUCAAUCUAACUUUAUAUAAACCACGAUCUAAAUCUACUCUAACUAAAUAAUGGAAGUGAUAUGGCUUUUAAAGAGAUUACCCUUUUAUGCUUUGGCUUUAAUGGCUAGUUAUGCUGCGUACAACAUGCCACCGGAAACAAAUCCUUACGCCUUUGCAGCCUGUGCCGUUGGCAUUAUCUAUGGUGUAUUUGGUUUAGUGGGAGGUCAAGAAGUAGCGGAUGGUAUUGUGAAGGGAGUGGUAGAUGAUCUUUUGGAUUUUGUGCCUCUGGCAAUGGUAAACAUUGAAAUUUUUCAAAUGAUGGGCAAGCCAUAUGCUUUUGUUCAUGCCUUAUUCAUUAUACCACUGAUACUGGAUCUAAUUGCCAAAUUAUUUGGCGAAGAAAGUGAUGAUGCGGCCACGCAAACCCUUAAACAUGUUAGCAAUUUAGCGAAUGUUGUUUCGUUACUUUAUCUUUCGUAUAUGGAGGAUAACUAUAUGUUUGGUUAUGUCGCUCUUUCAUAUUUGGCAGCCCAUACGGGCAUGGUCAUAGGAGGAAGAUGUCAUGGAUAUUUGGUGGAUCUUAACUAUAUAAUGAGUUAUGUUUUAUUUUAUUUUACCGCAACAUUAGCGGUGACAGUGCCAAAUACCCCCAAAGCUUAACAACUUUACAGGGGUUUGUUGAAAUCAAAAACGAAGCCAUGAGUUAAUUAUCCGAAAUUGUUUUGAAAUUAGAAG